GAACAAAAUCUCUAGGAAAUCCCAUAGCAAGUGAUCUGUGGUAGUACAUAGUCAAAUUUAACUAAGUUGAUACGAAAGCUACUGAAAUCAUGUUCUUGGGCCUUGUGAGUGAUCCAAACAGUUUAUUACACCGAAUCAAGAGUUGUAUCAAGAUUUUGCAACAUCGGCUUAUACUAAAAUAAGAUGAAAUCAAUAUAAAGGAAAUAGCAUAGAAGCAAAUAAGUAAUAGAAUUAAGAUGUUUGUACCAUCUUGCUCCGGUAUGAACAAUGAUAUUUGUUGGUGUGGGGUUGACUCACGAUCCGUUCGUCUGAUCUCGUCGGGAGAGAAGGAACCUGUGAAAGAGCCGGGGAUGCCCCCCGGAUUAAGCUCCGACGAUCAAGUUAGUUUAAGUUUUCAGGAGAGAGUUCAGAGAAUAAGGUGGAGAGAUAAGGUGUAGAGAGAUAGUGGAAAGUAACAAGUCAGGAGAGAGGGGAAGUCCUUUUCUUUGGAGGCUUGAAAGCCCAUAUAUAGACGUGGUGGGCACUGUUUGCGCGGGAGGUUGGGCGUCAUCGCUAGUGCGGAUGCUAGUGCACCUCAAUGCUGGUGCACUAAUACUUAGUCUCAUUUUAGCAUGGGUGUCACCACUAGCGCGGAUGCUAGUGCACCACAAUGCUAGUGCACCUCAAUGUUGGUGCACUACUACUUAGUCUAUGCAAUACGAGCUUAGUAACACCCCCAACAAUUGCCCCCCAAGCUGGUGAUGAGUUUUAACUCAUCUCUAGCUUGUUCUAUUGUUUUUUUUUGUCAAGCACUCUUGAUGGGGCCCAUGUACCCCUAGUUGCCCCCCAACUGGUAUCGCGUCAACAUGACGUGUUGCCAGUUUUACGCCCUUUGCCCCCCAGGUGGUGAAUUUCACUAAGGCGUUGAGCACUCGCUGUUUGGAGAUUCUUCAAUGCCAUGUGCUCUCUUUUAUAUAGUGCGUUUGUGUAAAGUGCAUUUUGAGUAGCCGCGCGUUAUGAAUGGAGGUAAUCGAUCACUCCUAUAUUGAAGAUUCACCAAUGCUCUUGUCGAAGACUUGUUUGUGUGUUGCAGUCGAGACUUUCAUGAAUGGAGAUACCAAUGCUCUUGUCGAAGGCUUAUUUGUGUGCUUCAGUCGAGGCUUACAUGAAUGGAGAUACCAAUGCUCUUGUCGAAGGCUUAUUUGUGUGCUUCAGUCGAGGCUUACAUGAAUGGAGAUACCAAUGCUCUUGUCGAAGAAUUAUUUGUACACUUCUGUCGAGGCUUACAUGAAUGGAGAUACCAAUGCUCUUGUCGAAGGCUUAUUUGUGUGCUUCAGUCGAGGCCUACAUGAAUGGAGAUACCACUGCUCUUGUCGAAGAAUUAUUUGUACGCUUCUGUCGAGGCUUACAUGAAUGGAGAUAAUCGAGGUGCGAGAUGUGGUCAUAUUUUCCUUGUGGUGCCCAUAGAUCUCUUGGUGUGUCACGUCUUCAAUAGCAUCAUAGUCAUAGUAGUCAAAUAUUUAAAAUUAAAUGUCGUGUAGAAGUGGAGUACUUAGCUUAUGUCGGAGCGACAGGAACAAUCAAUAAAACUAGGGCGCCACGCACUGAUACAUAACCAGGCAUUGUGGCACAGUGGCUCGCAGUCUUGUUUGAUGAUGAUGGGGCGCGGGUUCGAAUCAGCUGUGAAGCCUUUUUUUGCUAUUGACUUAGUGGGCGGUCUUGUGGUGCGGCUCUCUGUUGCGCGGACCAAGGGUUUGAGGCGGAAUGGAUGGCGACGUGGGCCGGACGUGGAGGAAGGUGGGCCGUGAGUUGCUAGUUGAAAAACCGCGGGACGAGAAAGAUAGUGACGUGGGCUGCGAGCCCAAUGGCAUUGGCCGGAGCUGUCAACUCUGGAAGCGUUUGCAGGCCGCCAUUUUGGAGUUGGAGCGGAGUUUAAGUGUUGACGUGGAUGGAGUGAUAGCUGGCGGUGGCUUCAAAGGCGGCUUUGAACUUGACGCGAAGCUUAAGUGGGAUGAAAAGGGCUGCAACCGGACUGGGAGGCGGGCUUUUCGUGAACAAUCAGAAACAUCGACAACUAGCUUUGACCUUCCUCCCUUCUCUCAUAUUCUUUAUCUUGAGCAAAUUAUCUCGGCGGCCGGGAAGGAGAAUAAGCGCGGCCGCCAAAGAGCGCAACGACAGGAUGCGUGAGGAGAUUUGAUGAGAAUUGAGAUAGAGGCAUAUUGUUUCCCGGUGUGUCGCGGCUAGCAAUUAGCAAAGAGGAAGGCGCUUGAAGCCGUAGUGCGUUGACGCAGAUCGAGGCAGGUACAAGAGGUCAGAACAGGCGAAGAAGCUAGAACGCGGAUCGAAACCACCGGUAAAUAUGGCUUGUGGGAAACAGAGGGACGCGUCUUGUUGAGCAGCUGUUAAUGAGCCGGGUCUUCUCAAGCUGGCUGUUAAUGAGAGCCGAGCAAGGCUCUUUUUCUUGUGGCAACUCUUAACAUUGUGGCGGACGCCGCCGCUCAAUCGGAAGUGCAAUGGAAGUGAGGCGGAUUGCGCUAUGGCGGAUCCGGUAAUUUUGUGGGAGUUGAUGUAGGUUGCUGGAAAUUGCUGUUGGAGGAAUGACGACAAUGGAAGUUGUCGUUGAAUGACCGCUGCCGCCGCUUAAGGAGGGAGACGAGGAGCAGAAUUGGAAGCGCGAUGCCCCGGUCAAUGAGAGCGGGGUUAGGCGGACAAAGUCGAUUACGCCGAGGAAAGAUAUUGAUACGACGGCCGCGCAGCGGUAAUUGAUGUCAUUGAUUGGCGCCGCCGGUAAGAGCAGAUGCAGGUGCGGAGAAAAUAGACAGCGCGGGUAGGCGCGAUCGCGCCGUUGUUUUAGAAAGAAGCUCCUCCAAGGAGACACGGAGGGCGCGCUUUCAUCUUUGUCGCCUCCGUCUCCUUGCUCGCAAGUCGCAACCCUCUUUGCCGCCUUGCUGGGUUUCCAGCCUGUCAUCGAAAGGUUUUGUCUCGAAAACUUCGCCCUGCUGACCGGGGACAUCGUUCGUCCUCUUAAGUCUGACAGGGAGACGUGGUUGAAAGACAACUGUCACAUCUGGUCUUUGGGAAGAUUGAAAAAGGGUGAUGGGACAAGAGCUUGACGAUGGUGACUGGUGAGAGCCGAGUUCUCUCUCUCAUCCGAGCUCCGGUACCGCUAACACUCCGACCAGCAGAGUGGCCGGAAUCUGGACAGGAUUUCUACUUUCAGCUCUUCGUUGUUUUGUCUUCCUGGAACGCCCCCCAACCCUGCCGAUUCAUUAUUUCCUUUCCUUCUUUCACCCUUAUUUUUUGGCAUGUUUCAUCGUACUAAUUUUCUUCGACGUCGGCGGUGGUUUCCUCUUCUCUUUGUCGAGGUUUCCGAAGUUUUCGUUUGCACAAAUCUACCAUUUUCCCCAGAAAUCAGACAAACGUCUACAUGAAUCAGCCCCACGGUGGGCGCCAAUUGUUUGUACCAUCUCGCUCCGGUAUGAACAAUGAUAUUUGUUGGUGUGGGGUUGACUCACGAUCCGUUCGUCUGAUCUCGUCGGGAGAGAAGGAACCUGUGAAAGAGCCGGGGAUGCCCCCCGGAUUAAGCUCCAACGAUCAAGUUAGUUUAAGUUUUCAGGAGAGAGUUCAGAGAAUAAGGUGGAGAGAUAAGGUGUAGAGAGAUAGUGGAAAGUAACAAGUCAGGAGAGAGGGGAAGUCCUUUUCUUUGGAGGCUUGAAAGCCCUUAUAUAGACGUGGUGGGCACUGUUUGCGCGGGAGGUUGGCGGUCAUCGCUAGUGCGGAUGCUAGUGCACCUCAAUGCUGGUGCACUAAUACUUAGUCUCAUUUUAGCCUGGGCGUCACCACUAGCGCGGAUGCUAGUGCACCACAAUGCUAGUGCACCUCAAUGUUGGUGCACUACUACUUAGUCUAUGCAAUACGAGCUUAGUAACAUCCCCCAACAUAAGAUUAUGCAUAAUCAUAAGCGAUCAUCCAUAUUACAUUUCCCCUAAUAUCAUGAACUUAUCUCUUUGAUACGGGAUUUCUAGGUUGGUCUUUCUUAGGUGUUUAGCAUAUCAUAUGUCUAACAAAUAUUAGAUUUGAUC